UUUUAAACAUCUCUGUCCCCUCACCACACCUCUUCUCUUUCCUUUCUCUCUCUUAUAUUAAUCACUUCCUCACACAUUCACUGCAACAACGCCACAAUUCACUUUUCCCUCUCACCGGAAAAUGCCUCUCUCCUCCGCCACCGCUCCUCACUCUGCCUCAUCCGCCGAGAUCAUGCUGUUCGGAGUCAGAGUCGUCGUCGACUCCAUGAGGAAGAGCGUCAGCAUGAACAACCUCUCCCAGUACGAUCACCAUCGCGAUACCGCCGCCGCCGCCAAAGACGACGCCGCCGGCUACGCCUCCGCCGAUGACGCCGCUCCGAACAACUCCGGGAAAAACCGCGACCGCAAGCGAGGGAUUCCAUGGACGGAGGAAGAGCACAAGCUGUUCUUGGUUGGGUUGCAGAAAGUGGGGAAAGGUGACUGGAGAGGAAUCUCAAGGAACUAUGUCAAGACACGGACACCAACUCAAGUUGCUAGCCAUGCUCAGAAGUACUUUCUCCGCCGUACCAACUUCAAUCGCCGUCGCCGUAGAUCCAGCCUCUUCGACAUAACCACCGAUUCGGUAAGUUCUGUUCAGGUCUCUACAACCCCGAUGGAAGAAGGAGAGAUCCAGCAUGAAGAUAAUGUGUCUCUUGUGCAUCCCAUGUACCCUGUUACGGGUGAAGGAAGCAACAUGAACGGAUUUUCAAUGUUGCCUAUGUAUUCGAAGGACAUUGCUGAAGCUGGGAAUCCAAUGAAAAUACUUACUUUGGGACAAGGAAAUAAUGUGGAACAGAAUGGGCCUUGUACUAAGCUAGUUUGCACAACACCCCCAAUUGUUCCAGCGUCUGAUAUCACUGCCACCAGUUUAAGUUCAGUUGAUCCACCAACACUGUCUCUCGGGUUAUCUUUGUCAUCUACUCAAAGACAAACUUCAUCAAUACAUUCAGCUUUUCAUUCACUCUCGCGUUUCAACAAUGGAGAUAGCGUCAUAACCGUUGCUUAGAAUGAUUCAGAGACUUUGGAUUCAGAGAUUUUGAUAUCUCAGAUCUCCUUGAUGUUAAAGGAUAAAAGAUGUUAAAGGAAAGGACGAUGAAUUAGAGAAGGCAAUAAGGUAAUAAGUCACCAAAUUGAUCCUUCUGUUCCUUGUACAGACCCUGGAAAGGUCCUGUCAUGGUUUUGUUUAUUGUUUAUUGCCUCUUUUUAUGUUUGUAGUUACUAUAACUGAAAAUAACGAACUACUUCCUGUUAAUUUUUAAUCAAUAUAAAUCUGGACUAUACCCAAGAAUGAUCUCUAGCCCUUUCUGGGAGCAAUUAUAUACAUGAGUUUCAUGUUGCCACUGUACGUCAUCUGCUUUAGCAAAUUGACUCAUUUUUCUUGUUUUUUCUUAGUGAA